CACACACACACCCGGCGCGCACAGACAGACACGCUCCCUCCCUCCGGCGCGCUCUACCACUCGCCCGCCCGCCGCGCACGCAGCCGGCCCCGGCUCCCCGCGCCCCGCGCCCCGCGCCCCGCCGCCGCCGAGCGAAGCCGGGCUGGGCUUGAAGCUGCUCAUGGAGAAAGUGCCGGGUGAGAUGGAGAUUGAGCGCAGGGAGCGGAGCGAGGAGCUGUCCGAGGCGGAGAGGAAGGCGGUGCAGGCGACGUGGGCCCGGCUGUAUGCCAACUGCGAGGACGUGGGGGUGGCCAUCCUGGUGAGGUUCUUUGUAAACUUCCCGUCAGCCAAGCAGUACUUCAGCCAGUUCAGGCACAUGGAGGAGCCCCUGGAAAUGGAGCGGAGCCCGCAGCUGCGGAAGCAUGCCUGCCGGGUCAUGGGGGCCCUGAACACGGUGGUGGAGAACCUGCACGACCCCGAGAAGGUGUCCUCUGUGCUCGCCCUGGUGGGCAAAGCCCAUGCCCUCAAGCACAAGGUGGAGCCCGUGUACUUCAAGAUCCUCUCUGGAGUCAUCCUGGAGGUGAUCGCCGAGGAAUUUGCCAAUGACUUCCCCCCUGAGACGCAGAGAGCCUGGGCCAAACUUCGCGGCCUCAUCUACAGCCAUGUGACCGCUGCCUACAAGGAAGUGGGCUGGGUACAGCAGGUCCCCAACGCCACCACCCCGCCGGCCACGCUGCCCUCUUCGGGGCCAUAGGACCCCCUUCUUCUCCCCCAUCCCUGGCAGCACCUUGAGCAGAAGGCCGAGUUCUGAAGACCUUCCUUGACCUUCCAUCUCUGGGUGCCAAGGAAGCUGGAAGAAUCCCUGACUCAUCUUCCUGGAAAGAGGCUGCCUCCGCCUGGGCCACAGUACCCCCUGGAGCCACCAGGAGGUGACGCUGGCUACCCGGAUGCCGACUCCAAGGGCGCCAAAGCGGGUGGCCUGUGGGGAUGGGGGACCCUCCCUCCUUGAAGAGCCGGGCACACCCUUCUUAGCUUUUCUACUCACUGUUAGAGACCAGCGGGGAUCAGGGACAGGUCUGUGAGUCACUCGAGGAACGAAGAGGCCUAUUUCUAUCUGCCUGGCCACACGCGGGUCUGGUCUCCGCAUCACUUAUCUAGAGUACCACGCACACGUCUACCGCAUAUACAGAUAUAUUCUAUAUACAAUCUCUAUAUAAAUAUAUAUAUAUAUACAUACAUAUCUUAUAAUGUGUAUAGUGGGGCCCAGAGGCGCGUAUGAGGCUUCGGUUCUGCCCACCAAGGGGUCCUGGCAGCUUCUGGGCAGAGAUCAGAGUGUUCUGGAGGAGACGAUGGGGGUCCCACAGAGGCACAGAGAAGAUCAUGUGGCAGGGCGGGGGUGACGCAGCUCGCCAGCAAAGCCCAGACCCUUCUCUCUGACCGGCUCCCUACAUCCCGCUCUCCACUCGAGGCAGAAAGGUUUUGGUGCACCCUACCUCUGCCCCCUACAAAAGGAGGUGGCUUCCUGACUUGCCCCCAGAUGGGCCAGGGCAGGCAGAGAGGGCCAGAAGUUCUGGAUGGGGUGACUGCAGCCAGCAGGGGAGGAGCCGUGGUCAAGAAACCUGGAAUGCCAGGCUCCAUCUGCCUUUGCCGCUAAGACAGCGGGAGGGAAUCCAGGCUGCUUGUCCGCCAGGCAGGGCAGUGGUGAUGGGCCCAGAUGCCUCUGUCUCGCCUUCCCUCCCCUGCUGCUGGCUGGCGGUCAGUCCUGUCCAUCCAUCUAGGUCAGCAUUGCUGGGGGUUCCCCCCACCCAUGUGUACCCCUGGGUCGUGUGUGUCAUCCUCAAGGAUGUUUUGCUACUGUGGUUACUGUGCCUGCCUCCUCCCGUCCCGUCUUCGUGCAGCCGUCCGUGUAACUGCCUGUCCUCCUUUUGUAGUUUCUGACGUUUGUAACCAGACCCAGCCGUGUCAUUAAACAGACUUGUUCUUCCUG